AAUUUUCCAAAAAAGCAAGCACCACGGAGUGGCUGCAGCUUUAAUUCAUCACUUUUAGAGUCAGCCUAAAGGCAUCUCAUUACAGGGAUGAUGCCAAAGUUCACUGGUCUCAGAGAUGCUAUAUAAACGGUGAGCAUGCUUGCUUGGCUGGCUAACCACAGUCUGCUAUUUGUAAAAAGGUGUGUUGUGUGUCUGUAUGUAUGUGUGUGUGUGUAUGUGUAUAUGAGGGGUGAAAUUGCUUUGUUCCUGAGCAGCUACCUAGGAUUUCGUGCAGGCUAUUUCUUCAAUGUGUGCACAUAGGCUCCAAGACAAAUCUUGAAGGGAAAAUUCCAAUAGGAUAAAGGAGCUGAAUUUUUAAGUCUGGUCACAAUAGGAACUGAAUGGUUCACAGUCAGUAGAACUUAAGAUAAAUUGAGUCAAAAGGAAUCAAUUCUUUUACACAUUAUUGCUUGGUGCUAUAUCCAUAAACAAAACUGACUGCAUAAACUGGAAGAAUACAAAGCACCAAAAUGGGCUUUCAAAGGCACAUUUUAGUUUGUUUCAUCACCGCUAUUUUAGUGGAACAUAGCCAUGAAGGAAUUAUUAAGAAAAUUAUUAGACAAAAGAGAGACAUCUUGCAGCCAAAAGAAGAAAAUAUCACUUUACCACUCGGAACACAACCUAUAAACUUCAACCACGUCUACAACAUUAAUGUUCCUCUUGGCUCCCUUUGUUCAGUGGACCUGGAAUCCCCUGAUGGCAUUGCAAGACCCAAAGCUGACUCCAGUGAGCAACACAUAGAGCAGACUGUUGAUGGUGAAAAUCAAAUUGUCUUCACUCAUCGAAUCAAUAUCCCACGUCAGGCCUGUGGCUGUGCGGCAGGACCUGAUAUCCGUGACCUACUCAACAGGUUGGAGACUUUGGAAAAUCAUGUAUCCUUAUUACGCGAUCAGUGUGCUAAUGGAGGAUGCUGUGGAAAUGGUGCACAGCAAGGAAAAGGUCGUGUUGAUGUAAAACCAUUCUGUGGUGCACAUGGAAACUACAGUACAGAUACCUGCGGCUGUUUAUGUAACCCAGGCUGGAAAGGAGAAAAUUGCACAGAACCUGAAUGCCCAGAAAAUUGCAAUGGAAGAGGUACCUGCAUUAAUGGCAAGUGUUUGUGUGAAGAAGGUUUCACUGGAGAGGACUGUAGCAUUGAAGUAUUCUGCCCGAAUGACUGCAGUGAUCAAGGCAGGUGUAUAAAUGGAGUCUGUCAUUGCUUUCCUAGUUACACAGGAGAAGACUGCAGCCAGGAGUGUCGAUUUGACUGUGGUGAAUAUGGAACCUGUAUUAACGGAGUUUGUGUUUGUGAUGAAGGUUAUAUAGGUGAAGACUGUGGAAUAAAGCUGUGCCCCAACAACUGCAGCAACCAAGGCCUUUGUAUUAAUGGACAGUGUGUUUGUGAUGAAGGCUUAACUGGGCAAGACUGUACGAAACUAACCUGUCUUAACAACUGCUAUAAUCGUGGCCGCUGUGUGGAUGGAGAGUGCAUCUGUGAUGAAGGUUUUACUGAUCAGGACUGUUCCGAAAUUAUUUGCCCUAAUGACUGUUAUGAUCGUGGACGCUGUAUCGAAGGGGUAUGUUACUGCGAUGAAGGCUUCACUGGUGAAGAUUGUGGGGAACUUGUCUGUGUCAAUAACUGCAGUAACAAUGGCCUCUGCGUCAAUGGACAAUGUGUCUGCAACGAAGGCUACGCAGGAGAAGACUGUAGCAAAUGGGCUUGCCUGAACAACUGCCACAAUCGUGGACUCUGUGUCGACGGGGAGUGCAUCUGCAAUGAAGGCUUCACCGGUGAAGAUUGUGGUGAGUUGGCCUGUCCAAAUAAUUGUAACAAUCGUGGACACUGUGAUGAUGGACAUUGCAUAUGUGAUGAAGGCUUCACAGGAGAAGACUGCAGUGAGCUCCUCUGUCCAAACAACUGCAACAAUGUUGGCCGUUGUGUCAAUGGACGGUGUGUCUGUAACUAUGGCUACACGGGAGAUGACUGUGGCGAACUAGCUUGUCCAAACAAUUGCAACAACCGAGGACGCUGUGUCAGUGGCCAAUGCAUCUGUGAGGAGAGCUAUUCAGGAGAAGACUGCAGUGAGCUGAUUUGCCCUAAUGACUGCUAUGACCGUGGGCAAUGUGUCAAUGGUCAAUGCAUCUGCGAUGAAGGCUUCACUGGAGAUGACUGCGGUCAACUGGCCUGUCCAAACAACUGUAACAAUCAUGGCGACUGUGUUAAUGGUCAGUGUGUCUGUGAUGCUGGUUUUACUGGUGAGGAAUGCAGUGAGGUGGCAUGUUUUAACAACUGUAAUAAUCGUGGCCGCUGUGUCAAUGGUCAAUGUGUCUGCGAUCCAAAUUACAGCGGUGUAGAUUGUGGAGAUCUGGCCUGUCCCACAAAUUGCAAUGAUCAUGGAAGUUGUGUAAAUGGUCGAUGUGUCUGUCAUGAAGGUUACAUUAAAGAAGACUGCUCUGCUGUUUCUCCCCCCAAAAAUCUAAAGGUAACUGAAGUGGACCCUAAAACCAUGGAUGUGGAAUGGUAUAAUGAAGUCCGAGUAAAUGAGUAUCUUAUCACCUAUGCUCCAACUACCCCUGGUGGUCUACAGUUGGAAAUAAGAGUACCUGGUGACCAAAUGACAUCCGUCAUUCGAGGACUAGAGCCAGGACUCGAAUAUUUAAUCAACGUUUACGCUAUCCUUAACAACCAGAAAAGCAUUCCUGUCAGUGCCAGGGUAGCAACACAUUUACCCACGCCAGAUGGUCUGAGAUUCAAGUCCAUUCGUGAGACCUCUGUAAAUGUGGAGUGGGAACCUUUGGAUAUCGUGUUUGAUGGUUGGGAGAUCAUUUUCAAAGCUCCGAAAGAAGAAAAUGGAGAAAUUUCCAACAGCCUGAAACAGCCGCAGGUAUCAUUUGUACAGACUGGCCUGGCUCCAGGACAGGAUUACGAGGUCAGCCUUCAUGUUGUGAAAAAUAAUACACGUGGCCCACCAAUUAAGCAAAGGCUGACAACAAUGAUUGAUGCACCAAGCCAUGUAGAAGUAAACAAAGUCACAGACUCCACUGCUCACAUUACCUGGUUCAAGCCAGCUGCCCAAAUUGAAGGAAUUAGCCUGUCCUAUGGGAUUCCAAAUAGCGAGAAGACAACAAUUGACCUUCCUGACACAGAGACAGCCUAUUCCAUCGCCAAACUUCACCCGGAUACCGAAUAUGAAGUCUCUCUGAUUUCCAAACGAGGGGACAUGAGAAGCAUUCCGGCUGUUAAUACAUUCACAACAGACCUUGAUGCUCCCAAAAACCUCAGAAAUGAGUCUCAAACAGAUGAAAGCAUUACCUUGGAGUGGGAGAACACCAGAGCUGCUGCCGAUAAUUACAAGGUUAAAUAUUCACCACUGGCAGGAGGAGAACAUAGGGAACUCACCGUCAAAAGGAGCAAUCAAUCAACUACUAAAAUUAAGAUUUCUGAUCUGCAGCCAGGUACUGAAUAUGGUUUUGGAGUUAGUGCCAUUAAAGACCACCAGGAGAGUGCCCCUGCUACCAUUAAUGUAGCCACAGACUUGGACAGUCCAAAAGACUUGAAAGUGAUUGAGACAACAGAGAACUCAAUUACUCUGACGUGGAAACGACCACUAGCAACAGUAGACCGUUACUACAUCAUCUAUAUCUCAUCCACCGAAGAGAAGAAUGAGGACAUUGUGGCAGCUGAUGCAGUCUCCUACAUCCUGACUGGGCUUGCCCCUGCAGCUGAGUACAACAUUAUCCUUAUAGCACAGCGAGGUAAACAGAAGAGCAGGGCUUCCACCAUCACUGCUUCUACAGGCCUUGAAGCACUGCGAGGUCUUAAAUUUUCUGAGAUAACUCCCACAACUACCUCAGUGGCUUGGGAAGCUCCUUUAGCUCCCGUUGACAUGUUUGUUGUGAACUAUAAUCCUAAAAGCCACGGAGAAACGCAACAGGUUAUUGUGAAGGGAGACCAGACCACAGUUGCUCUCACUGAUCUGAAGCCUGCCACUGAGUAUGUGGUGACACUUAUGGCUCUUCGAGGCACAGCAAGAACAGAGCCCUUGGUCGGAUCUGUCACUACAGCAAUAUUGGAGCCAGCAUUCACAGAUACUCUGGAGGAGACUGCCACUCCUCCUCCUUACGGAAGAAUAACAUCCACAGUUGUUUCCUUGAUAUUAGAAGCUUCGGUGCCUGAGUUUUCUGGGACUGGUGAUGGUGAACUCAGUAACCUAACUGUUUCCAAUGUAACCUCGGAUGGUAUCAAACUUUCCUGGAUGGCAGAAGUAGGAUUCUAUGACUAUUUUAUCAUAAAGUAUAGAAGUGAGCUUGGAAACGAUGGUGAGACAGAGAUCUCCGUGACUGGUGAUGAUUUAGCUGCUGAAAUAAGAGGCCUAAUGCCCUCCACUCCUUAUAAGAUAUCUCUUUAUGGAAUUGCUGGCAAUCAACAUUCAGAGCCGCUGAACAUUAUAGCUACCACAGCUGUCUUAAACAACCCACUUGGCGAGCUGAUAGAUCAUACAACAUCCCUCACUGCUCGACUGCACAAAGACGGAAGUUUUAACCAUGGCCCCACAUUUGAUUCAGAGAAAGGGGUGUUGCAUAGUAAACUGGGAAGCCUUGCUGUGGUAAAUGCAACUUCCAAAAGUAUUAAGCUCUCUUGGACUUUGCAAAAUGGAUCUUUUGACAGCUUUCUUAUAGUGGUCACAGAUUCCACUGGGCUAUAUGGACCACUGGAAAUGGCCCUAAAUGGUGACUUACGUAGCACGGAGGUAACGGGUCUCUUGGAUAGUACACAUUAUAAGGUAUAUUUAUACGGAUUUGUGGGAGAGUGGCGUUCAGAUCCCUUGAAUGCAGAAGUCACAACAGAAUCCUUUGACAGUACCACCACACAUUCUCCAACCUCAGGAGCUGCCAAACCAGAGAACCUUCUGGUAAAAAAUGUAACUUCCACCAGCCUCAAGGUAUCAUGGACAGCACCGAGUGGACACUUUGAUAGUUUUCUUUUAAUAAUAAAGGAUAUUAAUGCAUUGAGUGUCCCUUUGAAGAUUUCCCUACCAGGUGAUCAGCAUACAACUAAUGUAACAGGGCUGGUAGCUGGCACUCAGUACGAAAUUGAUCUUUAUGGAAUAUUCCAAGGCCGGCUCUCGCAACCACUGAAAGAUUUUGCAAGAACAGAAUCUGAACUUGAAAACUUAAUGGUCUCGGAAGUUACCUCCGGCAGCUUCAAACUCUCUUGGACAGCUGAUGAGUCCUUUGAAAGCUUUGUUAUAGAUGUUAAAGACUCAGAUGGGUUGUUCGAACCAUUAACAUACACAGUACCAGGUGAUCAGUAUUCCAUAGACAUCCCACAUCUGCGUGCUGCUACUGACUAUGAAAUCUCCAUCUAUGGUAUAAGUCACGGUCAGCAAACACGACCACUAUACACUGAAGCUCAAACAGCGACUGAACUCAAACUUAGCAACCUAAUGAUUUCCAAUAUUACUUCAGAUGGUUUCAUUGUCUCUUGGACAGCCAAUGGCACCUUUGAAAGCUUUGUAGUAGAUGUAACAGAUCCUAACAGGAUCUUCGAAACCUCGGAGCUCAUUGUCCCAGGCAACCAUCGUUCUAUUGGCAUCUCAAAGCUGUUAGCCAGCACUGAUUAUGUCAUUUACCUCUCUGGCCUUUAUCAAGGACAGCAAACUCAAACGCUUAGUGCAUUUGCUACAACAGAGGCAGAACCUGAAGUGGGCAACCUAGUGGUUUCAGACAUUACCUCAAACAGCUUCAGCCUCUCUUGGACGGGAAUGGACGAGGCAUUUGAAAGCUUUGUCAUUGAACUUAUAGAUUCUGACAGGUUCACAGAGCCACUGGAGUACACAAUACCGGGCAACGUGCAAACCACCCAACUCUCCAACCUCAUAGCUGGCACUAAUUAUGUGAUUUAUUUCUAUGGUCUUGUCAAUGGCCGACGUACAAUUCCUGCAACUACUGUUGUAUUGACAGAAGAAGAAGCUGAACUUGGCAACCUAGUUGUUUCAGAUAUUACCUCAGAAGGCUUCACGCUCUCUUGGACAGCAGAAGAUGAGGCAUUUGAUUAUUUUAUCAUAGAUGUUAGAGACUUUGACAGCUCGCUUGAUCCAAUACAGCAAGUUCUAUCAGGGAAAACACGAACUACUGACAUCUCAGGUCUAGUAGAAGGCACUGGAUACCAAAUUAAUGUCACUGGCGUAAUUCGAGGCUGGCACUCACAACCUCUCACUGCUCUCACCACUACAGAGCAAAAACUCAAAAUGGAAAACUUAGUGGUUUCACACAUAAACUCUUAUGGAUUCAAAAUCUCUUGGAACGCAACGGAUGGGGCCUAUGAAAAUUUUGUUAUAGUGGUUAGAGAUUCUGGCAGGUUGUUGGAGCCAAUGGAGCACAGAGUGCCAGGCGAUCAUCACUCCAUUAACAUCACUGGUCUGAUCACUGGGAUUGGUUAUGAUAUUAAUAUCUAUGGUGUAACCAAUGACCAGCAAUCUAAGCCCCUAUUUACUAAGACGGCAACAGAAGCUGAACCUGAAGUGGACAACUUAGCAGUUUCUGAUGUUACCUCAAAUGGCUUCACACUCUCUUGGACAACAGAUGAGAAUGUCUUUGAUUACUUUAACAUUAGAAUUAGGGAUUCCAGAAAAGAAACUUCACCGUGGGACUUCACAGUGUCAGGGGAACUCCGAACAACUAACAUCACAGACUUACCUGAUGGCACUGAGUAUGAGAUUUCCUUGGUUGGCAUUUCAGAGGGACGAUAUUCGCAGCCAGUAAAUACCAUUGCAACCACAGCAUUAGGAGCUCCUAGAUUUCUGCAGUUCACAGAUGUCACCGACACUACAGUGACAGUCUGGUGGGACAUUGAGAGUAGCUACAUCACCAACUUCAAGAUUAUUUAUGUGCCAACUGAUGGAGGUCCAAGUAACACCGUGACAGUCGAUGGCAGAAAGACUCAAACUAUACUGAGGAGGCUCACCCCAGCUACUGAAUACAAAAUCAAAGUCAUCGCUGUUAGAGGGUUUGAGGAAAGUGAACCAGUUUCAGGCACAGUGCACACAGCAUUGGACAGUCCAUCAGAAUUGAGAGUUGUGAAGGUCACGGAUUCUGAAGCCCUACUGACAUGGAAACCCACAAUUGCUACAGUAGAUGAAUAUGUGCUCAGCUUUCAUGCUGAGGGUGCUCCUGAACUGACAAAACGGGUUUCAGGGGACCAGGUGCAGACUGCCCUCUCCUUACUUUUACCUGGUACCUUGUACACUGUGAGGACCAGGGCUGUGAAAGGCAAUCUGGAAAGUUCUGCCGCAUCUACUACAUUUACAACUGCCAUUGAUCCACCCAGAGACUUGAGAGUUGGAGAAAUUACAGCUACCGAUGCCCUUGUUUCUUGGAAGCCUCCACAAGCUAAGAUCGAAGGGUACAUUAUGACCAUGGAAUCUGAAGAUGGGAGACCACAGAGAGUUGAAUAUUUCGGAGCUACAGAUACCUCAUACAGCAUGAGAGAACUGGUUCCAUCAAUGACGUACGUUCUGAGACUCCAGGCCUACACAGGGUCAGAGAGAAGCAAUGUCAUAGAGACUAGCUUCAUAACAGUUGGCACCUUGUAUCCAUUCCCUAAGGAUUGCUCCCAAACGUUGCUGAAUGGUGAAGCUAGUUCUGGACUUUAUACCAUCUUCUUGCAUGGAAAUCGUUCUCAACCACUGGAAGUGUACUGUGACAUGACCACUGAUGGAGGUGGUUGGAUGGUUUUCCAGAGGCGCCAGAAUGGCAGAGUAGAUUUCUUCAGAAACUGGAAGAAUUAUACCAAUGGAUUUGGAGACCCUUCUGAUGAGUUCUGGUUAGGCCUUGAAAACCUUCACAAGAUUACAUCACAGGGUCUUUACCAACUGCGUGUAGAUCUACGAGAUAAAGGGGACUCUGCUUAUGCAGUUUAUGACAGGUUCCUUAUCUCUGAUGCCAAAAGUCGAUAUAAGCUGCAUUUUGGACAGUACAACGGAACAGCAGGCGACUCCCUGUUUUACCAUCAAGGUCGUCCAUUCUCCACAAAGGACAGAGACAAUGAUGUGGCUGUGACAAACUGUGCUCUGUCAUAUAAGGGAGCCUGGUGGUACAAGAACUGUCACAAAGUAAAUCUGAAUGGGAGAUAUGGAGUUCAAAGCCAUAGCCAGGGUGUUAACUGGUUUCAUUGGAAGGGUCAUGAGUAUUCGAUUGAAUUUGUCGAAAUGAAAUUGAGACCACACAACUUCAGAAAUCCACAACAGAGGAAGAAGAGAGCGCAGUAACACCAUUAAAUAACCAAAUCAGCCAUCAACAGUAACAGUUCAUAAUGUACAAAAAUAUCACUAAUUUAGUUCACAAUUGAGUUACUGUGUAAUAUGAGCCUCGCUGGCAAAGUGUUCUCAUCUUACAUGGGUUUAGCUCCACUCAGUUUAAACACCAAAGAUUAUUUUGACAAUAAUUAACAUAGGUUGUUAUUGCUUUUAGGGUCAUAGCUUUACAUAUGUUGCUUGGAGGCUGGGGGGUGGGCUUUAUAUAUACAUCAUUAUACCUACACAGACAUCAGAGUGUAUUGUUUGUGUUUUUGUUCAUUGUGUCGGGGAUAUUUGCCAUGGCAACACACCGACCAGUUGAUAUUAGAAGGUUGAUGUACAGAAGCUUCGUGGUUAACCAUCAAAUGUAUAAGCAGACUGUUUAAAUGUGGGUGCAGAUUUUUUUGUUAAGGUGGAGCACCAUAUUUGUGGUCCUUUAUUAGAAGGGAGGUAUUGUUUGAAAAAGCACAAAUUGGUUCGCAAUUUCAGGUACCUUACUUUAAACAAAAAUCAACCAAAUGUUGAUUUUGUUAAAGGAUAGAACAAUAAUGUACAUACACUAAAUUAGGAGCCCUUAUUGACGCCACAUUCACAAAGAUUCAUUUGCUCCCUAGAAUAGGACAAGUUUUUUCUCAGUAAAUUAACAAGUGAUAUACACGUAAAAGAAAUACAUUAUUAAAUGUAAUUUUGAAUUAUUUUUCCUCGUGGGAAGUUAUGUCUGGAUUGUUUAGAAUAAUCACAACGCAUCUCCCGUUUAUAUAAAAGGCAUGGUUACUGUGCUGAAAUAACAGGAAAAACAAUGAAAUACCUUUAAGGGAUUCUAUUUUCAACACAAGUGUAAAAAGUAAUGUUUGUCUUUCAAACAUCCACAACCAAUUUUUUUUUUCCCUGAUUUGUAUAAUGUCCUAACUCCGGAAACGUAUGAUCUCUACAACCUAAGUUAUACAGUACCACUAAAACCGUAAUAUACAUUUGUAAAAUAAUGAGCAUUUCUCACCUGAAUAAUUUCAAUGUAUGUUUCUGUGUACUCCUAAUUAAAAUAAAGUAAUGGUGUUUUAACAAAUUA